AUGAGUUAAUUACUACAAGAAGAAAACAUCUAGUAAUUAGAUGAAUAAAGCUUAAAUGAAUAACCAGAAUAAGUAGAAUAAGUAGAAUAAUAGAAUGAAGUAUAACAGGAAUAAUAAGAAUAAGAUAGUAGAGUAGAUCAUAACUAAAGAGAAACAUAUGUUAUAGUUCCUCCAAAGAAAUAAACAGAAGAUCAACCAGAGAUAAAAUAGUUGAUUAUGUAACAGAAUCCAAAUAAGAUGAAUUUAUAAGAAGAUGUUAAAGUUUCUACAUAAAGAAAAGAGUUGAAUAAAAAAUUAGAAACUGAAAAGUAAUAGGGAUAAAAAACAGUAUCUGAAAGAACAUUUAAAACUUUGGAAUAAGUAUAUAGUAAACAACAUACUAAAUCAUUAUUACAUUUCAGAACAUCAGAUUAAUUUGAUACAAAAAUAGUUCAUGAUUAAAUUAAUCGAUCUCAUUCAAAACAAUAAUAUACAUUUUCGAAAGCAGAAAGAUUCUCGAAAGCUAAAGAAAGUUAUUGCUCUAUUUAAUUUUAUGACUCACAGUAUUUCUUAAUUUAAUUAUAGAAUCGAAACAUAAUUGAAUAAAAGAGCUGCAGCCUUAGGAUAUGGAAAUAAAUCAGAUUUUACUAAAAAAGACAAAUAUAUUCCAGGACCUACUGAUUAUAAUUUCAAAUUACCUUCAAAUCCAGGAGUUAAAUUUGGAUAUGGAAGAGAUGAAACUAUAAUAAAAGGAAUACAUGGUCGACCUAACAAAAACCCAGCUCCUAAUCUAUAUUAAGUAAAAGAUAUAGUAACUACAUACAAAUAUUCAAUGGGAGAGAGAACUUCAGCAAAACGUAAUAUAAUUUCAUAUUUUAUUAGAUAUUUAUCUUUAAUCUACAACUCCAGCACCUGGACGAUAUGAUGUGGGAGGUCUUAAAGCCAAAGGAAAUUACUUCAUAGGAAGAUAUAAAAGCAGUGGAGCUCCAAUUAUUUCUCCAUCUUCUACUAUUGCUAAAAGAUUAAAGAGAAUCCCAGGUCCUGGCACUUAUGACCCUCCUGGAGAUAUAGGAGAUCUUAGAACAUAUUUACCAUCUUAAUAUUCUAAUAGAAGUGGUUUUAGAUUUGGAUUUUAGGAAAGAUAAACUCAAGGUCUAAAAAAUAUUUAAUGUAAAUUUGCUUUUAAGAUAAUAUAUAAGUUCCUGGACCUGGUACUUAUUAAUUACCAUCAGAAUUUGGUGACUUUGAAUAUCCACCUCUAAUAUGA